AUCACACGAGGCCGGGUCCGUCCAAGGGUGCAUACUCUGGGUUUCCAUCUCACCCACACUGCCAGUGCAGCACCUAAGAGCGGGCAGUCUAAUCGUGCCAGGAAGCAGCACAGGCACAGCAUAGCAGGAGUCCUUCCCAUUCAGAGAACUCAGUCUGACAAUCUGCCUCCAGCAGCCAAUGGUACCCAAGACCAAAGCCAGCUAGCCCUCAGGAAGGCGCUGUCCGAUGGACCGGUCCAGCCAGACGGAGCAAAGCCCAGCAACCCACGGCCUGCAGAUGGCGCGGCAUCCACCGGCUCCUCGGCCAGCAGCUUUGGCAGCGGCUACAGUGUGGACAGCGAAGGCAGCGGCCCCGCCGGGGACACCAGCCUGUUCCCGGUGCCGAGGAUAGGGAAGUUGGGGCAGAAUGGACAGGAGCCCAUAAAGCAGCCGGCAGGAGGAGUAGGACUGGUGGACUCAGAAGUUAAAACUCAGGUAAUGGGAGAAAUCAAGAUUGCAUUGAAAAAAGAAAUGAAGACGGAGGGUGAACAACUAGUAGUUGAAAUUCUCCAAUGCAGAAAUAUUACCUACAAGUUUAAGUCUCCUGACCAUUUACCAGAUUUGUAUGUGAAGAUAUAUGUGAUGAACAUCUCUACCCAAAAGAAGGUGAUCAAGAAAAAGACAAGGGUGUGCCGACACGAUCGAGAGCCUUCCUUUAACGAAACCUUCAGAUUCAGCCUCAGCCCCGCGGGGCAUUCUCUUCAGAUUUUGCUUUUCUCCAAUGGAGGGAAAUUUAUGAAAAAGACCUUGAUUGGCGAGGCCUGUAUCUGGCUGGACAAAGUGGAUCUCAGAAAAAGAAUUGUCAGCUGGCACAAACUCCUGGCCAGUCCUACUCAGGCGCACUAAGAACUGUGUGUGCUCAGGUAGGGCGUGAAGACGUCUCCUGGAUGGAGACGGGCUGGACACCAUUGUACAGCGCUGUCCUCCAGCAAACACGAGAGGGAUCCAUGGGCAGCAACCCACUACCGCCUCGUAAAUUCAUUGCUCUGGGUAGCGGAAAGAGACACAAAUGAAAAAGUUCACAGGUUGAAAACCAACCAGCGAAUAGAGCUCUGAGGCCUUGGGAUUUCUUGGCAGCGGAAAGAAGCUGGGAGCGGGAUUGUGAUUACUUACUGCAAAGGAGAAUCUUUGAGCAGAAUGGAGGGGCAGUGGUGAGCAUGGUCUCAAAUCAGAAGUAACUUUUAUGCAAAGAAAGCUUGAUCAAAAGAGCUGAUAUAACAAAUCUCAGUUCGCAAAAGCUGAAAAACUCUUCAUCUUGUGUUCUCAGACAAGUUACUGCUUGAGCUCUAGCACAGGAUGCGUCUGCGAUGUGUGCCCGGGACUGGGGAAGACGACUGUGUUCACAGGCCAAGGAGGCGGGAGACACGGAAGUCACGGCUUACAGGCCACAUGGUGCAGGUUUGUUCUGCAUCCAGGUGUUACGGGGUGCACAACCCCAAUUGUAGAAUCCACGUGGUAAAAGCACAUUUGUUUCAGUAGAGUUUUUAAUAGUGUAGAGUGAAGCUAGUACUAGGUAAAAAUGAAAUUAUUUAUCUAGAAAUAAAACCAAGUCUGGCUAAUAAUAAAGACAGUUGACCAACAUAAUAUUGGAAAUUCGGUUGAAAAUGUCAGUCUCUGUAACUCACCAUUAAGCUGAGGUAUUUUCAACCUACAUAGAUACCAAAGGACCUGGAUUAAAUUGGUAUGUUCUAGGAAGCAUGGUCACUUGUUCGUUGUGAAAUUGCAAAUAAAUGUGUUAUCCUGCAUAUUUCUCUUCUCUUGAGUAGUGUAUUGUCAGAGAAGGAAAAUCCUUUCUCUGGCAAACAAAUCAUAUGAAACUUAUGAUAUUAAUUAAAUUGGUGUCAUUUUCUGCUUUUCCAUGAUAUUUUUACCUUGCACUCAUGAACUGAUUGUAUAAUGGACAGUCUGAUUCCAGACUCAUGUUCUCUCUGGUACUUUGUUCCCUUCCCUAAGUGACAAUAUCACAAUGAUCAAGUUUCUCUAUGCUGGGAAAAUAUGUACAACGUUGACAUUUGAGAUUAAGAUAUACUUUAAACUAUUUUAAUAAUAUACAAUGAAACAACCAAUGUCUAAGUCAUUAAGAUAAUGAAUCCUCUCUCCCAUCAACCAACAAUAGUAGAGGAAGUAACAUGGAGUUGUGGAAAACAUGCUUGGUGAGAGUUAAAAUCCUGGCUUCUGGUGUUGAUUCUGCUAUUGACAUUGCAAAUGUUACUUUAACUCACUCUCCUCCAGUUUUCUUAUCCAUAUGAUAAAAAUACUAUUAUAAUCCUAGCCUUCCUCGUGGAAUGUUGGUAUGAUUAAAUCAAGAGACAUAUGAAAUAUGAAAGCACAUUUCCAAAUAUAGUUUUAUACACAGAAGUGAGGCAUAAUUAUUAUGCACCUUUUAAAUUCUCAAUUUUAUAUGUGAUAUCAUCCUCCAAACCAAUGGCAAUCAUUGGUGUUGGUAAAAACAGCAAACUAGAAAAAAAUCAUUUUUUGUUUAACAAAUGCACUUUUAUUUAACCUGAAAAAAGACGAAUUAAAUGAAAAAGUUGUGCAAAUUUUGUUAUGCUGAAUGAAAUGCAUUACACUGAUCUUAUCCCCUUCCUGUGCCCUACCAGAAAUAAACUAAAUCACUUCUCAGCGUUUUGAAUUUAAAAGCUGCUGCUUUAUUCAAAGUGAGGUUUUGGUGGGAUUAAGAGGAACCAACUCCAAAAUAUUGGUUGUAUAUUGUAUUUUCUCAAUUUUGGAGAAAAAAUACUUUAAAUUUGAGAGAGAUGUAAAACACUAAAAUUAAAGAAUUUCUGAAAUACCCCAGGCUACUAUUCAUAAAGAAAUACACUGCAGCUUUCUGUGCCCUGGCACACCCAUGGCUCCCACUCUCCCACCCCACCUCUGAGGCUGCAGUUAGGGUAUGCAGGGCCCCUGGGCAUGGGGAGGAAACGCACCAAAAAUAUGAUAUUGCUAGAAUUUUAUUUUUAGAGACUACUAGAUCUGCUGAUGGUUGCCAUGGAUAUUUCCAGCAGAAGUUAGCACUGGGGCAAGCCUAAAAUCAUCAGUCACAACGGGGAGGAAGAGGCUCCUGAAGUCUCCCUCUGACAGGGAAAGGCUGGCCCAUGUGAACCCUGGCUUCCUCUCUGGUCCUCUUCUGCGGGCUCCCUCUGGGUAACAAGGGGAGGGGCUGCCAGCCAGAAUCAUCGCGUGGUAGCCACCUAGCGCAGCGGAGAAGGAGCCUUGCUACUACUGGUGCCCCUGUGCCAAGCCCGGAUGGGGCCAGGUCAACCCGGAGAGAGCCCCAGGGCUUCAGGUGCCCGCGUCCCCUGCAGCGACGUAGGACCCGCCAGUGUGCGCGUGCACAGCCGGCCAGCUCCGGGCUGACUGGAAUUGUUCUAUGCAACAUCCUUAAAUGAAGCAUUUCCUCUGCGUGGCGCUGAUUUCCCUUCUUAGAACAAAACCGUUUCUUUUUAAAUUGCAAACAGGGCUCUUGGUGACUUUUACUUUUUUGUAUAUAUAUAUGUAUAUAUCACAGCCCAUGAUUUUCCACUUUUUAUUUUAUUUUGUUUAAAUGGAAUUAGCUUUUUUUAUCCUAAUGGUGGCAGUUUAUAAUCUCUAAUUAAUACAGGAUUAGUCCAGCUACAGCACCUACACCUUUAAAAGCAUCUCAGUUUUCUCACAAAUUCAUUGAGUCAUCAAACACUGAAGCUUCGUGUUGGUUUAAAAUUUGGUUGUAAUGAAACUUUCAGCUACAGAAGAAAAAGCACAGAGUGAAUUUUUACAAAAGACAAGGGAUUAUAGACUCAUCACCAUAGACACAGAUAUCAAGAUGUAGGUGUUUCCCUGUUUUUACUUAAUAGUAAGGAAAUUAUUGGUGACUGAAUUAUUUAUUUGCACUGCAUUGUAAAAGAAUAGUAUCGAAGAUGAAGGGGCAGCUCUUGUAUUUGCUCCUUAAUAUUGUCCAUAUUUUAAUAAAUCAUACUAAUUAAAUGCAUAUUUUCAGCAUACCAGUGAGAUUUAUUUUGUAGCUCACACACAGUAAAAUAAUCACAUUGUGGGAAUAAUAUAGCUGGUAACCAGCUGAUAAUGGCUUUUAUUAUAGGAACGGUUAGGAUGAUCAUGGUGGUAGCCGUAGUGACACUAAUAGUGGUCAGUGAUGUGAAGUAAAAUAAAUUAUAUAUUAUUAUAUUGUGCCCAGUUUAUUAGAAAUUAUUUGAUCAAUGCUUCAUUUCAUUAAGAUAUCAUAAAGAUGUUGAUAGUAUUUUUUUACUUUAUUAUUUAAAUCAUAACAAUAUUUUUAAAAAUUUAUUUUCAUUGCUACAAUGUCGAAUAUUCCAAAAUCAGCCAACUCCAGCUCUAAGUGUUUAUAACUGUGUGUGUACAGACAGCAGCGAUUUUCCCUCUGUUAGAGCUUGAAAUGAAAGUGGAAGCGGCUCGGUGACUAGUUAGGAAUGAUUCUGUGACAGUUACUUGCCUUUGGUGAUGAGUAGAAAGGAGACUCUCACUGAAUGGACACACGGAUGUCUUCUGUGUGUCCCAUGUUCUUAGGAUUAAACAUUGAAGCCAACUCAUUACCUGGUAGUUAGAUGAAGUGAGGGUUUUCUUAACUCAUUACGCUGUAUAUAUCGAUAUAUUUGGUAAAAUAGGCAAAGUUGAAAUGCUCAUUUCAUUUGGCAUCCAGCAUGUGAAUAUGAUUAUUAUUUGACUGUGUCUCUAUAUUCAUUAAGUGACGUGCUCAAGUGCGCCCACUACUGGUUAAUGCGUGCUAAUAUCCUAACAGCACAUCUGAUGUUAAAAAAAUUCUUGUCUGAAAAAGUUGAAAACCUAAUACAAUUGAUUUCAAAAUAAAAAAUACAGAACUUGGAGAUAUAUAUUUUUUGUGGCUAUAUGUUGCAUGCUGUGUUGGUGAUUUGCUAGUGUGUUUUUUCUUUUCUUUUUUUCUUUUUUUCCCCCAAAUCCUUCUGAAAAAUCUAAUGAACAAAUGCAAAUUCUUGGAUUAAAGAUGGUAUAAAUUGAUCUGAAAAUAUAUGAGCAUUGUAUACAAGUUGCUUGUGAAUCUGUCUUGAGUUUUACUCUAUGUGAAAUAUGACUUGGCUUUGUGAUUGUGUACAAGAUGUAUCUUGGUAACUUCUGUAAAUUGUGCUGAAUAAAGGCUGCUGUCUCAGCCUCACUAAUAAAUGUUCAAAAUAUCAACUUUGACAUCUUGAGUUUAUCAAGA